AUAACCAACAAACUACCCAAAAGAGCCCAUUAAUCUCUCUCUCUCUCUCUCUCUCUGGUAAUACCCAUAAUAAAUAGAGAUUUCCAUCAAACUCAAACUCUCAGAAGUAGGAGUGAAAUUGGCUGAAGUAGGAAUGAAGGACGAAGAGGCACAAACAACCACCACCGCCAUUGCUAAGAGAGAAGGUUCAGAGGGUGGUAGUGUAUUGGGUAGAGGGAAGUACAAGUUCGGGGCCUUGGCUGCGAUUCUUUUACUCGCAUUCUGGUCUAUGUUCACCGGCUCCGUCACUCUUAAAUGGUCCGCCGGUCACCUCAACUCUAUCCCCGAUGAUUUCGACUCUCCGGUCCACAACGACCUCGACGUUCUGGAAGUAGAAGAUAAAGAGAAAUUGGUGAGGCAAAAUUGGAAUGUGUACACUCACAGUACUACUAUUCGGCUGCCCAGGUUCUGGCAAGAAGCUUUCGAAGCUGCUUACGAGGACUUGACCAGUGAUGUUCCAAGUGUUCGAAACGCUGCCUUUUCUGAGAUUGCCAAGAUGUCCCUGCGCCGGUCCAUCAGUCUCGAACCGCCUCCUGUUCAAUCAACUGUUAGAUCAACGGAGAAAAAAGUAAGACUUUCGAGGAGGCUGGGGAAGACAAGGCUACGGCGGUAACUACAAUCCAGGUUGACCGUUGUAGUGGUGAUAAAAAUGAAAAUGCAGUCCUAUAUUUCUACAUAACACUGUCUGCUCGUGAAGAUUAUCCAUAUCCUGCCCUUAUCCGAAGAUGGCAAAGGGAAGGAGUAUACGGUCUCUUUAAUAAUAGCAUACAUGUUUUGUUCUUCUUUCUCAUAUGUAAAAGCAUACAGUUGAGAAACUGUGGGUUAAAUGCACUCAAUUCUUCAACUUUAUGAUUGCUAUAAUACGGAUACGUUUGCGGUUUGCUUAACUCGAUGAUCAGAUGUUACUGGCUUGAUGUUGGACUACUACUCCUUUGAAAAUUGAAUGGCGGCUG